UUACACCGGGCCAACGAAACGUCAAACUGUCUGGCCAAAAGACGAAUGUUUUGAUGUCAUCGUCGAGUGUGUUACGAAUUUUCACAUCAGAAAAUACUUUCACGUUCGAUUAGCUUCAUUUAAAUCGUCAAAAUUACACCUAGUUUAACAAUUAUCGCGUAGUUCGUACAUCGUGAAGUAGGUAAAAGUUCAAUCUCUAGGGCUAGGUGAUUGAAGGGCAAUUCCUGCCUCGUCGACAUCCGUGGAGGAACAAUAUGACUAAUCAAAAGCCAACAGCCACAUCUCGGCUAAAGCAGGAUUAUAUGCGCCUCAAGAGGGAUCCAGUGCCCUACAUAACGGCGGAACCGCUCCCUUCGAACAUCCUCGAGUGGCACUACGUUAUCAAGGGACCCGAAGAUUCACCGUAUCACGGAGGUUACUACCAUGGCACGCUCCUGUUCACCAAAGAGUUCCCCUUCAAGCCGCCAUCGAUCUACAUGGUCACGCCGAAUGGACGAUUUAAAACCAACAAACGACUCUGCCUUAGUAUAUCGGAUUUCCAUCCGGAUACCUGGAAUCCGGCCUGGUCGGUGGCAACUAUAUUGACAGGUCUGCUCAGUUUCAUGCUGGAAACGACACCUACCCUAGGGUCCUGUGAAUCGACGACUUACGAAAAGCGGAAAUACGCUCGCCAAUCGCUAGAAUUCAACAUGAAAAAUGAAGUUUUCUGCGAACUUUUCCCGGAAGUAUGCGAAGAGAUCAACGAACGCCUAGCUAAGAUCGAGGAGCACCGGAAGCAGAAUGCAGCGAAUAAUAACACUUCUAGCGCUGCAAAUGGCACUGCCGGUGGGUCGGGAACUGCGGCCGAAGGAUUGGAGGCGGAAUCGGUCGAAGGCAAUGCGCUCUCGAACACGGACGAUAGCAACAUCUGGCAUUCCCUGUACACCAAUCUGAUCGUGCUGAUCGGAUUCGUCAUAUUCGCACUAAUAGUCCAUUAUGUGAUUAAAAGCAUGAACAUUGAAUGAUUGUAAGCAUGCAGUACUCUGUUUCCACUUUUUACGUUUAUUUUAGUUGGAAUGUAUGUACACAUAGUUAAAAUACAAUGUUCUGAUUGGUCGACGUUUGAAAAAAGCCCUUCAAUAUUUUACUUUUAGAGGACCUAUCAAUCAUGAUUGAACUAAACGCGUUAAUUGUUAAUAGGUUUUAUGUUUGGGGUCAGAUAAUUCGAUUAGGGAAACCCUCAUGGUAAACAAUAUUUAAUAUUUUCCAAAUUACAGUAGAGAACUUAAAACUAUCAACUGGAUUUGCAGAAGCUUAAAAUGCAGAUCAUCAUAUUGUAAACUGUAGAUAUGACAGUGAGAUGUAAUCGUAAAAGUGAUUUUAAUAAAACGAUAAAACAAACGGAAUGCACUUUUUUGCACACAGAAAUAGUGACACAUUUAGCGAUAAUUGAAAUAGCAGUACCAAAUAUAAUGUCGUUUCGCUAGAAUCCAGCAAUGUAAAAAAGUAAAUCAUUUUUUGUUGAGUUCAACUUCGGAAAAUGAACGUUCUGACACAAAUGUCACUAUAAUAAAUCUAUUAUUUUUUUAAUCCAAACAGCUAAAACAAUUCCAUGAUCGGUGAUUUAAUUAUUACUAUUAGUAAACGAAGAGUCAACACUUUGUAAUUGUGCGCUCAUCAUUGCACACACAGAGGACAGCCACACGCUUGACACCGCCUAUAAGGUGACAACUAUAAUAAUAUAAUAUAAUAAUCGACUGAAGCUGCAACGUUUCAGAACAACAUAUUGAAAUGCACACAGGAAUGCCCCGUAAAAAGAAUCAUUCGAUAAAACAAAUAAGUGCGAGGUAAAACUACACACUAGUGAUCGAGAGCGAUAAUUAUCAAAGGAGGAUGGACUUCAGUAUUUAUUGUAAAGUAAAACACAUGAGAGAAGGAAAAUAAAAGGUGGCUGAAUGGCUUCAAACAUCUCUUA